UGAGCCAUAAGGACAAACACACAUGUCCACACACACUUACCUAACACUUGCCAAUUUCCCACACCAUGUCCCUCAAAUGGCUCAAAUUAAUCAGCACCGUGUCUGUUUGUACAGUGGUUGCAUAAUUCACUUGAUGUGUUUUCCUUCCUAUAAAUGUUUCAAGGUAGGCAAUGCAAUGCAUAAUACAUGUCAGGAGCACAGGGUGUUGAAGACUCAAUGAUUUCCCCAAUGGAACUGCACUGGAAAUGGUGUCUGAUCCUUCUUGUGGUCUUGGUCAGUGCUCACACUGAUACCAAAGUCACAUCCUCCCAGCAUAUGGACGACUUCAUCAGAGUGUUGGAGCAGGUAGAAGACAGUAACCCUGGACUGUUGCCUGUAAAUGUGUUGAGAGGCCUGCGCAGGACAGCCGGUCUCAGAGAUGAGUUCAUGCAGCACUUCUUGGGCACUAUCAGGGAGGACAACACCUCAGAGGCACCAGUUAUGGACUCCAAUCUCUCAGAUUUCCUUGGCAGGGCUGUGCGCCAUCAGGUGACAGAGAGAGGUAGAGAGGAAGGGGUUGUCCUUACUGCUGAUGGCACCACGGUUGCUAUGAGCCCAGUCCUUCUGGGUAUUGAAGCUGGGCUAGUGUCUAAGACGAGGUGUCGUGUCCUUGGCCUGUACCCCCUCACUCUGGCUAGGAACUUGGGCCUGUCCUUCCAACACUUCCACAGCUCUCUCCUCUCCCAACGCUUGGGCCCUGAUGGCUGCUGGGAUGAUGUGACCUCGCCUCAGGUCUUCACCCUCUCCGACAAGCCCUCCCUCGCCACCGAUGCCCUGGUUAACGGCGGUAUGGAUGGUGUGAUUUUAGGGAUGGAGGUCUCAGCUCGGUCCCAGCAUCCUCUGAAGCUGAGCAGCCUACUGAGGAGGUACUACUGUCAUCGUCUUGAGGGGGAAGGGCUGGACGCUGCUCCUCGUCUGAUCAGCCGCCUACGCAGGGAGAACUUCAGAGAACUGGCCAGGCCCCCCCUCCUGCAGAGGCAGGUGGUGAGAUCCCUGGUCCUACAGAGGAGACUGAUCGACCACUCCACGAUGUUGGCACAGGAAAAGGAAGAGCUGACAGCUGUGGUGAGGGAAGGAAUAAAGGACUUUGUCCACAGAUACAUGGACUGUCCAGCUAUUAUUCUGCGGUGUCAGUGGGGGGCUGCACCAUACCGGGGCACCCCCACCCCCCUGUCCCCCCCCCCCCCCCUCUCGUUCAUGUACAUCCACCACACCUACCAGCCUGGCCAGCCUUGUCUCACCUUUCAGCAGUGUUCUGCAGACAUGAGGUCCAUGCAACGCUUUCACCAGGAUGACCGGGGCUGGGACGAUAUUGGAUACAGCUUUGUGGCAGGCUCUGACGGGUACCUCUAUGAAGGGCUUGGGUGGCACUGGCAAGGGGCCCACACUAAAGGUUACAACUCCAAGGGUUACGGGGUGUCAUUCAUCGGUGACUACACCUCCAGCUUGCCAUCGCAGCAGACCAUGGAACUGGUGAGAGAUCGUCUGGCAUCCUGUGCUGUGGGAGGCGGGCAACUGGUCGGUAACUUCACCCUGUAUGGCCACAGACAGCUGGUUAAGACUUCCUGUCCUGGAGACGCCUUCUACUCAGAGAUCACAGGCUGGGAGCACUUUGGGGAGGUUCAAAACUGAAGAUAUGGUGAAAAGUGGAGUGAUUAAUCUUGACCAG